AAUUGGAAUUUGUACUUUGACUAGAUAAAAUGUUUUCUACUUUGAUUAGAUAAAAUGUUUUGUAACGAACAUAUUACAAUUGACUCUAAUAGGUUCACAAUGACUGUAAUUGAUAUAAUCUUAUACUACGGUGGUCCGCUUAGCAAUGCCAAUGCGAGUGAGGGAUUGCCAUUUGAAGGACUGGGUAUAAAGUGCUAUUAUACUCAAAUUGAUCAUAGGUUGAAGACCCUUAAUGAUUUAAAGAUGAUAGCUAUGGAAGAAUUGUGUGUGAACCCUACUUUGCACGACAUACAAAUUAUUUUUCGUUCUCCACAUGAAGUCCUCAAGGAUCGGAUUAAUUACAAGUAUAUGGCGAUAGAAGCAGACAAACAUGUGAAGAUCAUGUUUGACAAGAUGGAGAGGAUAGCCCAAGUAAGUGCUAUUGAGUUGUACAUAAUGUUGGAGCUACGUGCAAAAGUUGGCGCCGAGGAAAUCCAACAAACAACCACAAGUUUACAAGUCACAGUUCCAGAUGCUCAAUAUGACUGUGGUGAAACUAAUGCAAACAAUGCUAUUAGUGUCCAGAACAUUAUGAUCACAAUCCCUGCCUACACAUUUCCUGCCUUGUCAUUCUCUGCAAACACUAGGACAAAUAUGGAACAAAGAACAAUUGUACAGAUCCCAUCAAUGGCUUCCUUGAACAAUGAAGGAGCCAGCUUUUCUUCUUCCACUCGCCAAUGGGAGUAUGCUGUCUUCUUGAGCUUUAGAGGUGAAGAUACCCGCGAAGGUUUUACCAGCCACUUAUAUAAGGCUUUGUGCAACAAAGGCAUUAACACCUUCAUCGACGAUAUUGAUCUUCCGAGGGGAGAAGAAAUUUCGGAAAAACUUAUCCAAGCCAUCAAAAAUUCAUCGAUUUUGGUUAUUGUCUUCUCUGAAAACUACGCAGAGUCCAAAUGGUGCUUGGAUGAACUUGCUGAGAUUGUUGAGUGUAGAGAAAAGGACCAGGAGGUUCAAAUUCGUCCAAUUUUUUUCAAUGUUGAUCCAUCAAAAAUACGAAAUCAAGAUGGAAACUUUGGAAUUGCACUGGCUAAUCAUGAAAAGAAGUUCAAGAAUAACAAGGACAAGGACAAGGUGCAGAGGUGGAGGGAUGCUCUAAAAAAAGCAGCUAAUGCAUCUGGAUGGCAUUAUAAGAAAGGCUGCGCUCCAUAUAAAUCUGAAUCUGACUUCAUCCAAAACAUUGUUGAAGAGAUAUCAAAUGCUAAAUUAAAUUGGAUGCCGUUAUAUGUUGCUAAAUACCCAGUUGGAAUAAAUUCUCGUGCAGAGGCCAUAGAGUCACUUUUAGAUAUUGGAUUAGAUGAAGUUUGCAUGGUAGGGAUGUAUGGCCUUCCCGGAGUAGGAAAGACUACAAUCGCAAAAGCUGUUUAUAAUAAAAUUGCUAAACAUUUUGAUGGAAGUAGCUUUUUAGAGAAUGUUAGAGAAAAAUUAAGGACAAAUGCUAGCAUAAUCAAACUACAAAAGCAACUUCUUAAUGACAUCUCAAGGGAUGGAAAAUGGAAAGUGGGCAACAGUUCUAAAGGAAUCACUUUGAUAGAGGAGACACUUCGCUGCAAAAAGGUUCUUUUAAUUCUUGAUGAUGUUGAUGAUUCGACACCAAUAAAAAAUUUUCUUGGAAAAUGUAAUUGGUUUGCUCCUGGAAGUAGAGCCAUUAUAACAUUACGAGAUAGACACUUGUUAACUGCCCUUAAAGAAAAUGUUUGUACAACUUACAAGGUCAAGGAAUUUGAGGUCGAGCAAUUAAACAAACACGAAGCUCUUCAACUCUUUAAAGAGCAUGCCUUUCCUAGAAACAAACCUCAUGAUGAAGAUUAUUCUAAACUUGCAACUAAAUUCAUAGAUUUUGCCAAUGGCCUUCCACUUGCUCUAGAAAUAAUAGCUCGUGAUUUGUGUGGAAGACCUAAAACUGAAUGGGAAAGUGCAUUAGAUAUGUAUAAGAAAAUUCCCAAGGAGGACAUUCAAAAGAAACUUCAAGUGAGUUAUGAUGGAUUGCAAGACACUGAGAAAGAUAUUUUUCUCGAUAUUGCAUGUUUCUUCAAAGGAUGGGACAAAGGUUAUGUUGUAAAGAUAUUAGAUGCAUGUGAAUUAUAUCCAGGUUUUGGUAUUCCGAGACUUGUUGAUAAAUGUCUCAUAAUCAUUGAUCGAUAUGGUAGAUUGUCAAUGCAUGACUUGAUACAACAAAUGGGUAGGGAAGUUGUUCGACAACAAGCACCAAACAUCCUCGGAAAACGUAGUAGGUUAUUUUGUUAUAAGGAUUCGCUUGAAGUAGUAACUAGAAAUAAGGGAUCAAAAAAAAUUCGAGGCAUAAUGUUGCAUUCGCCCCAACCAGUAAAAGUGCAACUACACAUGGAAGCUUUUAGAAAGAUGGAAAAUCUCAAAUUUCUAAUAGUUGAAAAUGUUCAUAUUUGUGAACCACUUGAAUUUCUUCCCAAUAGUCUAAUAUUUCUUAUGUGGCCCAAUUAUCCUUUUCACUGGCCAUCUGAGUAUUUUCCUGAACAACUUGUUGCUAUUGAGAUGCCACAUAGUCGCAUUAGAUUGCCAAAGCUAAUCACACAGGAGCGUCCCUUAGAAAAUUUGAUAAAUGCCAAUCUCAGUGGUUGUGAAUUUAUUACGGAAUCACCUAAAUUAUGGGCCCCAAAUUUAGAGAGUUUGGAGCUCGCUGGUUGUGUAAAUUUAGUUAAAUUAACUGAAUUAGGGGCCCCAAAUUUAGAGUAUUUGGACCUCUCAGGUUGUGAAAAUUUAGUUGAGAUUGAUGAAUGCUUUGGAUCUCUUGAAAAGCUUACAGAAUGGGUUCUCGAUGGUUGUAGUAAACUUCAAAUUCUUCCAAGCCAGCUCAGGUUGAAAUCUCUUCAUUGGUUUGAUCUUUCUAACUGCUCAAGCCUUGAGAAGCUCCCUAAUUUUCAUCCAGAAAUGGAAUGUUUAAACACUUUAGAAUUAGAAGGGAGUGGUAUUAGAGAGGUGCCUUCAUCAAUCGAGCAUCUCACUAAGCUUGAAACAUUAUCCCUUGCUGAGUGCAAAAACCUUGGGGAUCUUCCAGAUAGCAUUUAUAAAUUGCAACAGCUUCAGUACUUUCAUACUCCUACUGCCAAAUUGAGACCGACGUGCGAUUCUUUUGAUGGCUCUUCCGGAUAUGGGUUUGUGAACAUGACACAUUUGUAUCUCCUGGGAUAUGAAGGCAUAAUUGAAUUAGAUCUUUUGAUGAAGCCUGAUUACUUCCCCGAAUUGAUAGAACUAGAUCUAUCUGAAACCAAUAUUGUUACCAUCCCUGAAAGCAUUAGCAGAUUUCCCAGAUUAAUAGAACUUUAUGCUAAAAAAUGCAAGCUUCUUCGUGAAAUUCAAGGACUUCCACAAUCAAUAAGGAGCGUUGAUGUGGAUGGUUCCAUGUUGUUGAAUACCUCACCAAGCGGGCUAUUUAAUCAGGUAAUAGGAAUUAUUGGGAUUUUACCAAAUAGAGUAUGUGGUAGCGCAAGAAGCAACAAAUUAAUGGAUCUGCAGUUCUCCAAUAAUUUACCAUCUGAAACUAGGGCUACUGAAAAGGUUGAAUUUUGGAGAGAGAGCUUUGCUGGCUUUCAUCGCUUUGGUUCUGAUAUUAGUUUUUCGGGAACUGAGAUGCUGAAAUGGUUUAAUCAUCGAAGUGUUGAUAACUCCAUAUUUUUCUUUGUUGGUCGCAAUUUUCCAAAAUUGGUUGUCUGUAUUGUUCCUGGACCAGAGGGCUUUGAUGGCUUUGUUGAAAUUUCCAUCAAUGGUUAUGAAAAUCAGACAUUUGAAUGA